AUGAGCUUUGCCUCGUGUACAUGGCCGAUAUGGCGGACUGAUGACUUCACGACAUGUUUUCAAUCCGACUAUCUUCAGAUUCUCUUCCCGCUUAUACUAAUAUCUCUCUCUCUCCUUCACCUCCUAAUACAGACUAUCCACCGCAACGUCAGGUUAAAACGAAGACACGGUUACGACCAGAUACCCGAUCAUCAAGACCACACCGAGGUGCCUCCGGAAGAGGAGGACUGCCUAAGCACCGAUGAAGAUGAAGGAUUGGCUAUUAAUACAAAUGGCGGUGGGCGUCUUGCCCUGGUUAAGACUACCUCUAAAGGCUCUAUUGUACAAGCCGAUACUCCCCCCGCUCAAGACCUAUUAGUAAUUGUCGAAGAGGUCGCAAUUUGCGGACUGGUAGCUAUCAAUGUUAUCGCCCUCAUCACUAAUUCUUUUAGUGGCCAUGGGCAGUUGGCUGCUAUCAUGGGCUUGGUCACUUGGGUGUAUGUCUUGGUUCUUGCGACGCUUCGAUUAUUUCUCAGAAACACCAAAUGGCGAGUCCCGCGACUAUGGAAUCAUACCGCUUUUAUAUACGGAUUCCAAUGGCUCUUUACUAUUGUUAUAUUCCGUUCCGUCCUAAUUCAUGCCAGCUCUAAACUUGUGCAGGUCCUAAUUGUUAUCGAGUUUUGCCUAAUAACUCUACUAUUUGGGAUAGCUUUGAACACUAGGAAGGGCAAUAAGACAGUUGUCAUGGAAUGGGAAGGGAACCUCGAGCCGUCUCGCGAACCUCUAGCUUCUGUAUUGUCCCUGGUGACCUUUUCUUGGAUCGACUCUAUGCUAUGGCAAGGUUACAAGGAACCUCUCGAGAUUAAACACGUGUGGAACCUCUUGCCGCGCGAUAAGGCCGCUACGGUACUCGCCAAUUAUCGCCAAGUUAAGAAGACGACAUCUCUCGCCCUACACUUACUCAGGUAUUUCAAGGGCCUGGUAAUUCUUCAGUGCGUCUGGGCCACGCUAGGUGGUAUUCUCACAUUUGCUCCGACUCUUCUUCUCAAAGCCAUCCUUGAGUACGUGGAACUACCGACGAUUGCCCCAAGAAAUGUUCUUUGGCUUUACGUUAUUUUACUACCCCUAUCAGACCUCAUCCGCUCCAUCGCUGAUAAUCAGGCCUUGUGGAUUGGCCGAAAGAUUUGCAUCCGGAUCCGCGCUAUCAUUAUCGGGGAGAUCUAUGCUAAAGCCCUUCGGCGCAAGGCGGCAAGCGGCAAAGAUGCCGUUCUCGGUGGUAAUGAUGCGAAUGGUGCUAAAGAGACGAAGCUGGAGAGACUAAAGCAAUUCUUAAGACUAAAGAAGAAGGCAGAUAAAAAUAGCAAUGCUCAGAAUGGUGAUGUCUCUAAGAAAGACGGAACUAAGGACGCAGACGAACAAGCAAAUCUGGGAACCAUCAUCAAUCUCAUGUCAGUCGACAGUUUCAAGAUUUCCGAGUGCACUUCCUACCUUCACUUUUUACUGGCCUCUGCUCCCUCGCAGCUUAUCGUAUCUGUUGCUCUUCUUUACCAGGUCAUGGGUUUGAGUGCAAUUCCCGGUCUUGUUGUUAUGGUCUUCCUCUUGCCAAUUAAUAUCCUGCUUGCCAAAGGUUUCAACUUGACUCAGCGUAAGAUUAUGGCUGCGACGGAUAAGCGAAUACACACCACCAACGAAAUCCUCCAAAAUAUUCGGAUCAUCAAAUAUUUUGCUUGGGAAAAGCGGUUUAGUGACGUUGUCGACGAGAAGCGACGAAAUGAGCUGCGAGCCUUGCGGAACCGUUACAUGAUUUGGGCACUUGCUGUUGCUAUCUGGAAUACUGUGCCCGUUCUCAUUACGUUUUUCUCCUUUCUAGUCUACACAAAAGUCGAACGAAAGCCCCUGUAUCCUUCCAUCGCAUUUACCGCAAUCUCUCUCUUUAUGCUCCUAAGAGUGCCUCUAGACCAGCUUGGAGACAUGAUUGCUCAUGUUCAAGAGGCAAAGGUUUCAGUUGAUCGAGUCGACGAGUUUUUAAACGAAGAUGAGACAGACAAAUAUAGGCAGCUAGGGCCAGACAACGUAGACGAGAACGGCAACAAAGUCAUUGGCUUCAGAAACGCAACAUUUAUCUGGGGUGGCAAAGACGCAGUUGCGUCAGAUGGCUCGAUGGCAUUCCGACUUCUCGAUCUUGAUAUCGAUUUCAGAAUCGGCAAGCUCAAUAUCAUUGCCGGCCCUACGGGAUCUGGGAAGACCUCAAUGCUCAUGGCCUUACUCGGUGAAAUGACUCUGACAGAGGGAAAUAUUUAUCUUCCCGGUGGCCGUAGUCGUGAGGACGUUCGACCGGACCCCGCGACGGGCUUAACUGAAACUUGCGCUUAUGUUGCCCAGACCGCUUGGCUAGUAAAUGCGAAUAUCAAAGAGAAUAUCCUGUUUUCAGCCCCGUAUGACGAGAAAAGGUACAAAGAUGUCUUGGUAGCCUGUGCCCUGGAGCGAGAUCUCGAAAUCUUAGAUAACGGUGACGAGACCUUGGUUGGAGAAAAUGGCAUCACGCUCUCUGGUGGUCAAAAACAACGCAUAUCUCUCGCCCGUGCAGUAUAUUCAAAUUCCCGACAUAUCCUCCUCGAUGAUUGCUUAAGUGCCGUUGACUCGCAUACCGCCAAAUGGAUCUUUACCAAAUGUAUUAAAGGCGAGCUGAUGAAGGACCGUACCUGCAUUCUCGUUACCCACAAUACAACUCUAUGCGCUCCCCAGUCCGAGUAUGUUAUUCUACUCGACAACGGUAAAGUAGAUGCGCAAGGAACAGCAAAAGACGUCAUCGCUUCUGGAAAACUCGGCGAAGAGAUACGAAAUAAAUCUCGCCCAGGAUCUUCUGAUGUUUCACGUGUCCCCUCUAGAGUCCCAUCGAGUGUCGGCGAUGAGAGCGACCAGACUCUCAUUGACAAUGGCGGGAAUGGAACAGCCAACGCGAAAACUAGUACCAGACAAGAGAAGCCACAGCGGAAUGCCAUGCAAGAGACCAAGGCUACGGGUGCUGUCAAGUGGUCAGUCAUCAGCCUCUAUCUGCGAGCAAUGGGUACGUGGUGGUUCUGGGCCAUAGCUAUUGUGGUAUUUGGCAGUCAACAGCUUAGCGGUGUCGCUUCGAACCUUUGGAUCAAAGAAUGGGCCAACCAGUACACCGCAAGCCUCGGAACUGUAUCCCUGUCUGGAAUACAAUCCAGCAUGUCUCCUCAACAUUCUUCCAGUUCAUUUCCAUUGCCGGCUUAUUUCGCAUCUGCUACCAGUUUCGUUAAGAAUACAUCUUUCCUUACUCCUGCAAGCUACUCACCCGGCGAUGUACCGGAAGUUAACGUUGAUUACUAUCUCGGUGUACUUGCAUUGAUUGGUAUCGCCGGCGCGAUCCUAGCAUUAAUCCGCGAUAUCUGGCUUUUCUUCGGAUCGCUUACCGCAUCUUGGAAGCUUCACAACAGACUUAUGUCGGCCGUGUCUAGAGCGAAGUUCAAGUUCUUUGACGUAACGCCGCUCGGCCAGCUGAUGAACAGGUUUAGCAAGGAUCUUGAGGCUAUCGAUCAAGAAGUUGCACCCGUUGCCAUUGGUGUUAUGACUUGCGCAGUUGCUAUUCUGAUUACUGUGGUGCUAAUAGCAGCCAUUACUCCCGGAUUCUUGGUCGCAGGUGUAUUCAUUACUGGUCUGUAUAUCUUAGUCGGUAUGUUUUAUCUUCGAGCAUCCAGGGAUCUCAAAAGGCUCGAGUCAGUGAAUCGGAGCCCACUCUUCCAGCAAUUCGGCGAGACCCUGUCAGGUGUCACUACCAUUCGUGCCUAUGGCGAUGAGCGACGAUUUAUUCGGGAGAACCUGACUAAAAUCAACACGCAGUCUCGUCCGUUCAUCUACCUUUGGGCUGCUAAUAGAUGGCUGGCGAUUCGAACGGACCUCUUGGGUGACUUUGUGUCGUUCUUUGCCGGUGUCUUUGUCAUCCUCAGCUUAGGGAAUAUUGAUGCUGGCUCCGCGGGUGUAUCUUUAAGCUAUGCUAUUGGGUUCUCCGAGAAUAUCCUUUGGCUCGUACGACUUUACGCCGCGAACGAGCAGAACAUGAAUUCCGUCGAGCGUGUCAAGGAAUACCUCGAUGUAGAGCAAGAGGCCGAUCUGAUUAUUGAAAAGAACCGUCCUCCCCAGAACUGGCCCGCACACGGGGCAGUGGAAUUCAUCGGAUAUUCCACGAGGUACCGCAAGGAGCUUGACCCAGUAUUAAAGAACGUUACUUUUAAGAUCAACCCCCGCGAGAAGGUCGGCAUUGUUGGACGUACCGGUGCUGGAAAGAGUUCUCUCACACUAGCAAUUUUCCGAGCUCUAGAAGCAGAGAGCGGUAAAAUACUUAUCGAUGAUAUUGAUAUCAGUUUGAUUGGCCUACAGGACCUCCGAGAAGCUAUCACUAUUGUGCCCCAAGACCCGACUCUUUUUACUGGCACUAUCCGAACAAAUCUUGAUCCAUUUGACCUUUAUACGGACGAGGAAAUUUUUGCAGCUCUUAGAAAGGUUCGACUCGUCGGGCCAAACGAGGCUCUCCCGCCGCUGACCCAAAACGAUGGGGCCCAGGACUCCCAGGCUCCAACUACUCCAACUUCUCCGACAACGGCGAACAAGAACAUCUUCCUUGAUUUGUCUUCAUCAGUUGCGGAGUCGGGUACGAAUUUGUCUCAGGGCCAGAGGCAACUACUCUGUCUUGCUCGCGCCAUGCUGAAGAAUCCCAAGGUGCUCGUGAUGGACGAGGCCACAGCGUCAAUCGACUACGCCACGGAUUCUAAGAUCCAAGAGACGAUCCACGAAUUAAAGACGACUAUUAUUACGAUUGCGCAUCGUCUCGCUACCAUUGUUGAUUACGACAAGGUGCUCGUUCUAGACCAUGGUGCCGUUGUGGAAUACGGCCACCCGUACGAGCUUUUACAAAAUGAGGAUGGAAACUUUAGAAGCAUGUGCGAGAUGAGCGGGGAUAUGGAUACACUGGAAAAGUCGGCUAAGAAGGCCUGGGCUGAGAAGAAGCUUGUGGACGACGAGUAG